AACUAAACUAAAAAUAAAUGAUGUGAACUGCAAGAACGUAAUCUAGAUGUCUGAAUGGUUUGGAGGCGAACCGUCAACUAAAAGGAGAGGUGUACAGUUCCAUAUACCUCUCUCUCUCUUUCUCUCUCUUCGAUGCCACCCUCUAUACUCUUUAGUUCUUGUUACCUCCUCCAUACUCCCGUUUUCCCCCCACUCGUUCUUUCGUCUAUGUAUCGUAGAAGAGAGAGAGAAAGAGAGAGCAAAGGAAAGCAGGAAAAAAAAAAAUCGGGAGUCGCGCAGCAGCCCUCCGGUAAAGAGCGAUCGAUAAAAUUCGACGCGACGCAAAAUACUUUCGUCGACAGCCACACCAAACGAGAAUGUUUAAUUGCAGGCAUUACGAACGUAGAAAUAGCAAUGACCGCUCUCUUUGCAUUCCGUUAGUUUCUGUCGCUUGUACCUGUAUCGAAUUAACACGAUUUAUUAAAUAUUAGCCUCGCAAAGUUAAAACAUUAUUUUUACAUGUUUAAAUGUAACCCAUCCGAUUCCAUCAAUGUUGAUGCUUUGAAAGGAUCAAUGCCUUUGCAAAUGCGACAGCAUCAGAUCGAUAUUCAAUCUAACGGUUGGACGUGAAUCAUAGAUAAGUAAUAGGCAUUUGUGUUGCAGCAGUCGGGAAAACUGUUGAGAACGAGGAGUGGGAGGAGUGCGGCUGAUCGACAUUGGACAGCCAACUGUUGCACAAAACAUUGACAACUGGGCAUGUGCGUGCAGCCCGCCCACACGCUCUCCCCGAUCUCGUAUAGAAAGGUAUAAUGUUUCCAUAUACCCCAGCCGAUUGGUAGAAAUCUCACGUAAGUGAAAGCGACGUGAGCCGAUAAUGCCUCAAACAGGGUCGGAGUGGGGAAAUAAUAGGAUGAGGCUGGAGAGAUGAUAAAAAGAAAAAAAUGUGGAUGGAUGGGGACCAACCUUUUCCGACCAAAGCCUAUAUAACUGUAUUACAAGCUGUUAUCAAUAAAACCUGAUACGUUUGUUUAAAUGUACGAUAACGAAGGAUAAAUACAAACGCAGGUUCUAACGCAUUGAUCGAGCCCCAAUAGUUACCAGCCAAGCUUGAAAGCAGGCUUGUCUGUCGGUUAGUUAUUUGCUAGCAAAAUGAGACGGAAAACUAAAUCGAAUGAACAGAAGCCUGAUGUUAGGAGAGAAAAUACAGCAUUGAUUGCAAACAAUGUGGAGCAGGAUAGAAAAACAAACACCACCACCGGAAGAUUUCGAAAUGUAGCCACUUGGGAUGCCGAUUUAUCGAAACGUUUCGCCAGUUUUAUGCAAACCGAAUUUCCUGGUGUGACUCGCAUGUUUGAAAACAAAUUUAUGGAGAUUUCCGGCAACGAAUAUAUCUGGUUUCCUGCUCUGGCCGUUCUUUAUUUAAUGCAUCCUCUUGUUCACAAGCAACUUCCUCUUAACCUUGCAAUAGCGAUGGCAUUUGACAGCGCUGUCAUUUUAUUAAUCAAGGCACUGGUCAAAAGAAGACGACCUACUGCCAAAAAUCCUGACUUCUUUACUGCCAUAGGUCCAGACCAAUAUAGUUUUCCUUCGGGUCAUGCAAGCAGGACUACGCUGAUUUCUUUCGUCUUCACUCAAAUCAAUCCGUUAUUUAGCAACGGCCACCUGAAUUUUGUGACCUCGGCUCUUAUUUGGAGUUGGUCCAUCUCAGUUUGUUUUUCUAGGAUGCUUAAUGGUCGUCACUAUCUCUUUGAUGUAUUGACUGGUGCUGUGAUUGGACUCUGUGAAGGAUCUGUUAUUGUUUCUCCUUUCUGGAUGUCUCCUGAACAAGCUGAAGGCAGAGUUAUAGAGUUGAUGGUACGCUCACCCUUAGGAUUUGUCCGCAAUGUUGGAAAACGGCUUCCUCUUUGA